CUCUUUCUCUCAGUCCGGGCGGGCUGCCAAGAGGGCGGCGCCUUCAGCCCAGCCCGCUGCUCUGGCUCAGGCCGCCCCGCCUUUCUCCUUUCCCCGCGGCGCUCAGAGAGGGGAAGGCGGGCUCUCUGGUCGCGGGAGCCCCGGGGCUGCUUGCCUCCUCCUGGAGAUUAUUCCAUAUUAUCUGCAGGAAAGGAGGAAUGCAGCAGCAGCAGCAGCGACGGACUUCUGGGGAGAUGAAUGCGGAGAAGGAGGGUGUGUUGCUGGAGCUGGAGGAAGAUGACGAGGAAGAAGAGGGGGAGGAAGAAGAAGAUGGGGAGAUGGUCUUGGAAGAAGUGGAACAAGAUGUCUUUCAGAGCUAUGGAACAAUGCCCGGCCAGCAACCACUGCAUAAGCCAGAAUGGGCAGAGUUUAAUCUGAAACCUGACUCCCUCUACUUUAAUGAUGGCCAAAGAAGAAUCGACUUUCUCUUAGUAUAUGAAGAUGAGAGCAAAAAGCAACAUAAGAGGAGCUUUCAGAAGAAGCAAAUGAGGAAGAGGCUAGCAUAUGAAUCUAACUUGAUAAACUGCGGUUUGCAGCUAGAAGCAACAAGUUCGGUCGUGGAUGAAAAGCUUAUAUUUGUAAAAGUGCACGCACCUUGGGAACUGCUGUGCAGCUUCGCUGAAAUUAUGCACAUCAAAUUGCCCCUGCAACCCAAUGACCUGAAAACCCGUGACUCACCAUUUAAGUGGAUUAGCAGAUUCUUCAGUGUGGAUGAAAAUAUCAUCAAACCAGAGCAGGAGUUUUUCACUGCGCCAUUUGAAAUCGACCGUUUGUCAGACUUUUACAUACAGGACAAGGAAACUUUCUUCAAUCCAGCAACCAGGAGCCGGAUAGUUCAUUUUAUUCUUUGCCGUGGGGAAUAUGCUAUAAGAGACAACGUGAGAAAGUUUGGAAUCAAUAAGCUACUGGACUCUGGGAUAUACAAAGCAGCUUUUCCACUCCAUGAUUCAAGAUUCAACUACCAGUCAGAGGAUCCCAACUGUCCAAAUGAACGGUAUCUGCUGUACAGAGAAUGGGCUCACCCUCGAAAUAUUUUCAAGUUACAGCCCUUAGAUCUUGUCAGGAAAUAUUAUGGGGAGAAAAUUGGAAUCUAUUUUGCCUGGCUAGGAUUCUAUACUCAGAUGUUACUCCUGGCAGCAGUUGUUGGACUCGGGUGCUUUUUAUAUGGCUAUUUUAUGAAGGACAACUGCACUUGGAGCCAAGAAGUCUGUGACCCGAACAUAGGAGGUAAAAUCAUCAUGUGCCCCCAAUGUGAUCAAGAAUGUACAUACUGGAACCUCACAAUCACCUGUGAAUCGUCCAAGAAGCUGUGUAUCUUCGAUAGCUUCGGAACACUUGUGUUUGCAGUAUUUAUGGGAGUAUGGGUUACUUUGUUUCUGGAGUUUUGGAAAAGACGGCAGGCUGAGCUGGAAUACGAAUGGGACACUGUUGAGUUCUUGGAGCAAGAAGAACAAGUACGUCCCGAAUAUGAAGCAAGAUGCCAUCGCGUCGUAGUGAAUGAAAUAACACAGCAAGAAGAGCAUAUCCCCUACACAGCUUGUGGAAAGUGCGUGAGGAUGACCUUCUGCACCAGCGCUGUCUUAUUCUGGAUCCUGCUCAUUAUCGCCUCAGUUAUUGGCAUAAUUGUUUACAGGCUGUCUGUUUUCCUGGUGUUUUCCGCAACGCUCCCAAGGCAUAUCAAUGGCACUGAAGCCAUCCAGAAGUACUUGACUCCGCAAGCAGCAACUUCAGUUUCUGCUUCCAUCAUAAGCUUCAUCAUCAUUAUGAUUCUGAACAUGAUCUAUGAGAAAGUAGCAAUCAUGAUUACGGACUUUGAACUACCAAGGACGCAGACCGAUUAUGAAAACAGCCUCACCAUGAAGAUGUUCUUGUUCCAAUUUGUCAACUAUUAUUCUUCCUGUUUCUACAUUGCAUUCUUUAAGGGUAAAUUUGUAGGUUACCCUGGCGACCCUGUUUAUUGGCUGGGGAAAUACAGAAAUGAAGAGUGUGAUCCAGGUGGAUGUCUCCUUGAACUUACAACACAACUGACAAUAAUAAUGGGAGGCAAAGCAAUCUGGAAUAAUAUACAAGAAGUGCUUCUUCCGUGGCUUAAGAACCUGAUUGGAAGAUUUUGUUCAGCUUCACGGUCUGAGAAAGUUGUCCCUCGCUGGGAACAGGACUACCACCUGCAACCCAUUGGCAAACUUGGAUUGUUUUAUGAGUAUCUUGAAAUGGUUAUACAGUUUGGAUUUGUCACUUUGUUUGUGGCCUCGUUCCCACUGGCUCCCCUUCUGGCACUUAUGAACAAUUUACUGGAAAUACGUAUAGACGCCUGGAAGAUUACCACACAGUUCAGGCGCAUAGUUCCUCAGAAAGCUCAGGACAUAGGAGCAUGGCAGCCCAUCAUGCAAGGAAUAGCUCUUCUUGCUGUGGUGACCAAUGCAAUGAUAAUUGCUUUUACGUCCGAUAUGAUUCCACGCCUGGUGUAUUACUGGUCAUUUUCCGUUCCUCCCUAUGGAAGUCAGAGCACUUACUCCAUGAAGGGGUACAUAAACAACACACUUUCCGUCUUUGCUGUGUCAGACUUCAGAAACGAAAGCAAGCCAGCCGCUCUUCCCAUGUUUGCUAACCAGACAACAUGCAGGUACCGGGAUUUCCGAUAUCCCCCUGGGCACGAACAUCAAUAUGAACACAAUAUCUAUUACUGGCAUGUUAUUGCAGCCAAGCUCUCAUUCAUCAUUGUCAUGGAGCAUAUCAUCUACUUGGUGACAUUUGCUAUUUCACACAUAAUUCCCGAUGUGUCAAAGAAAACCAAAAGCAAAAUCAAACGGGAGAAGUAUCUAAUACAGACACUCCUGCAUGAGAAUCCUGUGAAAGCUAUGAAGAAAAAUAUGGGGAGCAUCGCCGACAAAAUAUUAAAAGGCGCAGACGGCACUUUCCGGCCUAAAACUGAAUAGAGACAUGACAGCCUGACAGUGCCUAACCAGUGCUGUGUGAAUCUUUCUUCCAAAACAAACAAAGGGAUCGGACCAAAGACUUGGACCAAAGAACGUAAUUGCAAAGGAAGAAGUGAAUGCUCGUAAACAGAAUGGGCAAGCAUUUCACCAUGGUUUUUGUUGGCUGUUAUAAAGGGGCUGUCCUAAUCUAGACUUUUGUGGUGUGCCUUCCAGCUGUAUGCCGUUUGAAACCAAACCUCAGAAACCAAACCACUUGUCUUAAGAGUGACAUGGCUUAUUUGGACCAGUUUUGAAUACUUUGAUUGCCUUUAUCAAACUGGGUAGAAAUGGACACUGUGGCAAGGAGGGGAAACAGGGCUGCCUACGCUGGCCUCAGCCUCAAGCCCCCUCCGCUCAAAUGUACAGUCUGCACAAAAUGCAUUUAAGCAAAAUGACAAUCCAAAGGUAAGGGGGGAAACCACUCUUGUGUUCCAUAAAGCCUUAAGAGAUAUGUAUACCGAAGGGAACGCAGUAAUGUUCAACCAGGAAUGGCCAGUGCAGUGGGGCAGCGACAUGCCCCAGCUCCCCUGACAGCAGUGUUGCUGCUGCUCAAUGGGGCAGGGCUGGGGCUGGGUGGCAGUGACGUGAAGGCAGCAGUAGAGCAAAUCCAGUGUCUCCUUCCUGCAUAGGCCCAACCUGACUGCCAUGCUGCCCCAUCCCAUUAAGGAGCAGCUGAACCACUGCUGUACAAUCAGCCGCCUGGCUUUGCUGCCCUGCGCUGGCUGCUCCUGCGUUCAGCAUAUUAUGAAGGGAUUUGCAUCCCAGUCAGAGCCGUACUGCCACUGGCACCUCUGCUGAUUAGAAGAGCCACAGAAGAGUGGACACUUCAGACCUGCCUCCGUUUUUGCUCUGUGCUCUCUAAUUUUCCACCUCUCAUUUCCACCUGAAUGUCCCUAGAAGUCUCUGGCAAGUAGUUCACAGUGCUAGCAGACAUUACUGUUUUGAUUCAUGGAUCUAUAGCCAUUCUUCUGUUUCACUGGAAUCCCAAGCUCAUGUUGAUUUCUGGAGAAUGUUUGAGUGUUCAGCUGCCAUCUUAAACUAUUGAGCUUCAAAAUGCAGAGUGGAAGAUCUUGCACUGGUUUGUAGUUCAGACUAUGGACAUGUCAGGCCUGAUCAAUGUAAAGGCACCACCAAGAAAUAUUAAAUGGGAUGGAGAAAGCCUUUUCAGUCAUUCAGAAUGCUGAACAAAUAUUCAAGUCCCAACUUCCAGACCAGGGGUCAGCAAACUUUUCAGCAGGGGGCUGGUCCACUGUCCCUCAGACCUUGUGGGGUGCCGGACUAUAUUUUGGAGAAAAAGUAAUGAACGAAUUCCUAUGCCCCACAAAUAACCCAGAGAUGCAUUUUAAAUAAAAGCACACAUUCUACUAAUGUAAAAACACCAGGCAGGCCCCACAAAUAACCCAGAGAUGCAUUUUUUUAAAAAGGGCACAUUCUACUCAUGUAAAAAUGCACUGAUUCCUGGACCGUCCGCAGGCCGAAUUUAGAAGGUGAUUGGGCCGGAUUCAGCCCCCGGGCCUUAGUUUGCCUACCCAUGUUCCGGACCAUGGGAGCAUUGUGCCUGUUGAUCCAAUACACAAACACUAACCCCUCACUUCACUUAAGUGAACAUAAACAUGGAUAUGCAACCACAUAGAAGAAGAGAUAUCUCCAUGUGGCUGUGUAUAUAAUAAUUUGAUUCAGGUAGGUGUGGGGUGAGUGUGUGUAUCUACAAAAGCAUGUGUGAAUUCUGAGUUGGCCUAAUACAUUUUGCUGCUUGAGGUGAAGGAUGAAAUGGUACACCCAUGUAUUCUGUGUGCUGAAGGUGACCAGACUGGCAGUAAAAGUACAUGACACACACAAAUCUAUCCUCCAACAUCUCACCAUUGAGCCUCACCCUCAUAAUCUGCCACCUGAGGCAGCUGCCUCCUUGGGCCUAAUGGUAGAGCUAGCCCUGAUUCUAAAGAGGUCAAUGAAGACAAUAGUCUGAUGUGUAACUUGUGUCACCAGCAAAGGAAUAUUUAGAAUGGGGUGCAGCUUAUAGUGCUUUAUCACCAGGGGUGCUAACUUGAAUAAAAUGUUUGGGGGGGGUGGAGAUAAUCCCUGCCCCACAAAAUUGGUCACAAGAUGUGGUGCAUGCACUCCAUUUGAAUGGCAAUGCCCAUCAAUGGGAGGAGCUCAAAUAUUUUAUGAGGGGGAUGGGACAAAGGGACCUCAGCCCCUAGGAGUUGGCUCCUAUGUUUAUCACUGUUUCAGGAACAACUGGCUGGUAUUGUAGGGAGUACAUUGGCUCACAGAGCAUUGAAAGUCUUUGUACCAAUUGAUUUUGCAAAGCUUUUGAUUGAUCUAAUAAAGAUUACAAAUAGAGGUACAAUCGGUUUAGAAUAUUUGACAGUAAUGACUGCUUUAUUAAGUGGUUUUUCCAAGAAUAGACGGAUGUGUUGAUGAUGAUGAAGUGUGCUGUGAAACUCUGACCACUGACAACUUGUUCUGACAUUCGAAUUAAGAGACUUACUCAAAAGAUCUAUUGUUUCACUGUGUUAAUUGUGUAUCAGCUAUGAGGCAAUGUGGCUAACUUUACAUUUAAUAUGUAUUAGGGGAGCCAUAAGUGUUACUUAUAUAUGAUUAUAUAUUAUGAAAUGGAGUUGCAGUUUUGAGUAAUUGAUUUUGUUUUAAUCAUGGUAACAGAAAAGAAUAUUGAUGUAAUGCUUGCAUGUAGAUAAUCUUCUGUAUUGCUGCUUCAUUUUAUCUCCCAUCAAUGCAACUUGACAUAUUUGUUAUGUUGUAUAAUAUGCGCACACACCAUAAUGAAUAUGUUCUACAGAUACCUCCAAUGAGGCCUGAUGCAAUCUUAUGCUCAAAAGUACAUUGCACUGUGUUCAGUGGGUCUUUUUCCUCAGAGAGCAACUGGGGCUGCAAUCACAUGCACAUUUGCUGGGAAUAAGAUUCACUGAAUACAACACAACCUAUUUCUAGUAUGCAUGGGUAGAACGGUGAUGAGAAUAUAUAGCUUUUUUCAGAUAGGGUAUCAACAAAGAAAAAUUAGAUAUCCAUCCCAGGUUCAAAUCCUGAAGUGAAAUGACAGUUUCUAGUAUCCCAUUUCAUGCCUUAUCUGUCUCUUAUUUUUUCCUAUUUGCAGACUACUUUAGCUCCCCAAAAUUCUGGAUCAUACCAAGUGUUAUGCAGAGACUUACCAUGAGGCAUGAUAAUUAAAAUUUCUACACUGUAAUGCAUAUAUUUUGGUUGAUGUCCAGUGCUAAUUAUACUCAUGUUACUCUUGUCCAUUAAUUUCAAUGGGUCUACUCUGGGUAUGUCUUGGAUCCCACCCUUUAUAUGUAUACCCCCUUUACAUAGAUUUUAAACUUUCUGUUUCAUCUAUUCUGAAAACUGAAGUCAUCAUUUGAGUUCAUAGAUUUCAGGCUAAAAUUUUACAUUCAGCAUCAAAUAACUAGAGGUUCGAGUUUCAAGACUUGGUUGCUCAAAUUAGUGUUUGUUUGAAUUGAUAUGAAAGACUUCCUGUGCUGUUGGCUCUGUGAUAGGUAUUUACUGCAUGCAAGGCAUCACGUGAUAAUAUUAUCGUCAUCAGGUGAUGAGCACACAUAUGGAGAUUCACCCUUUCUUUGGGCAUAUUGCCUGACAUGGAAAUCACCCUUCCCUGAGCAGCAUUUUUCCCAUCCAGUAAUAUUUUAUCCAUAAGUUUCCCAUAAUACAUACAGGUUCUUCUCCCCUUCCUAGGAUUAACUCAAUUAGUCUUUAUCUACAAUAUUAUAUCUAGUGCAUGAACCGUUGGGCAGGAUUCCCAAAAGAUGCAUGAACAAAAGGGGUGUGAACUUUUACCAGCAAUCUACAGUCCUGCUUUUUGAAUCUAGAUUUAUUGAUCUGAACCAUCCUGCUCUAUAUCUUGAACUUUUUCUGCAAGCCCCUGCACACUUACCUGGGAAUGAAUCCCAUUUAACUCAAUGGAUCCUUACUUAAACCCAUAUAAGAUUGCUCUUUCGGACAAUUAAAAAAAAAAACUUAGGUAGGCCCAAUAAUGAUGUAAAUGGGAAAAAAUGUUUUUCUAAUUACAUCACCGCUGCACAAUAAUUUUUAAAUUGGAGGUUAAAAAGAAGAGCGACCAGUAAGUGGUAUUAUACACUUUACAGAGCUUCUAUGCACCAGAUUAAAAAGCCAACAAGAUUUUUGGUACAUGACCUAAAGAAAUUAGAAAGAGUUUAUGCAGGAAUAAAGUUUGGAAGAUUGUUUUGCGAAUUAUUACUUUCAUUAGUUAUAUAUUGGCUUUGGCUGUAACCGUAACACAAGCUGUUUUGUCAACAACAGACAGUAACUGUGAUAGCGAUAAGUCCCAGGCGUCUCACAGCAAGAAGUGCUGGACCAGCAUUUGGGGGGGAUCAAGCUGUGAAUGAAUAUUUCAGAGGAUUCCCCUGGCUUAAUAGUAUUUACUAAGAACAUGUUCUCCGUACUUUUUCUGGUAAUAUUGACUAUUAUGUUCUGAACUGAUUUUUUUCCCUCUUCUUUUUAUUUAUUAUCAUUGUAAUAAAGUUGAUUUUAUAAUGUAA